AUGGCUAGUAAGCUGAGAAAUAUUCGUGAUGGUUUCGUGAGACUCGAAGAAAUCGAAAAGGGGGAAAAACCUUGGUUGCAGAUAGAUAGGUGGGUUUCGGAGAAAUAUGGUGAUUGA